AUGAACGAUAACAAAAACCAUGGGUCAAAACCCUUCCCCUCCUUCUCCGAACUCCUUCUCACUCUCCCAUCUUCAAAUCCAGAAUAUAUAUCCACCAAAGCCUUCAGGUCCCACACUGAACAAGGGCACAUCCUUGACAUAGGUGUACUUUCCCUGCACCUUUCUGACGACAUCAAGCGCGUCUCAUGGCUCGAAUCAUUCCUAUUACCAUACCUCAGAGAUCUAGCCGACGCGCGGGAGCGUGUAGCCUACCAAAAAUGUCUCCUCUCCCCCAUCCGCCGCGUCCCCGUCGAGAUCCUCCAAUCCAUCUUCCUCGCUUGUCUUCCUGAGGGCUUUGUUGAAGCUGAUCCUCAAGCCGCCCCAUUGCUCCUAUGCCAAAUAUGUAAGUAUUGGCGGGACGUGGCACUCGCAUACCCACUUCUUUGGGCGUCUUUUAAAGUACGCCGCUCCAGCACGGGGAAGUGCAGCCCAGCUUUUCCGCUGGCCAGAUUAUGGCUGGAGCGAUCCAAAUCCAUGCCCUUGUCGAUUUGCUUACCGGUAGACACCGAUCGGGGGUGCGACCCGGGGCCUAAUGACGUGUUGUCGUUGAUCCACUUAUUCUUCCAACACCUCUCACGCUGGAAAUCUGUGCACAUGUGUCUCCGCGACCUUCUUUACUACGAACAUCCUUUACGAACCGAAUAUGUGCCUUCUACAGCGUUUUCUACGGUGCUUGAUAACCUCGAGCUGUGCUUCCCGCCUGAUAGCGUCGAUCCCCAGCCUUCCGAUCUGGGAUUCAGGAGUCUGGGUGACAUAAUACCCAUGAUCUGGACCUCCUCCCCACGACUGCAUACGUUGACGCUCAACGCGACGGCUGCGCCGAAUAUAAUGCAAAUUCUGAAGACGUGCCCGAACAUCCGCGACUGCGAGUUGCACGUCAAUGAUAAUAAUGUGUUCGUGACUUCAGAGGAAAAACUCACCCUUCCACAUUUACACACACUGAAUAUCCGAGGGCGGAUAUCGACCAUGAAUAUCAUUAACGCCAUUACGACUCCCUCUCUCCGAAUACUCACCAUUAAAGGGGAGAAGCAGUGGUCUCAAGCGAGUUUCCAGGCCUUAAUCGACCGGUCCUCUUGCUCCAUUGAAGAAUUUUCAAUGGUCAACGUAGCUGUCAGUGCAGAGUACUUGCUCUGCACCUUGGAGUACAUUGGCACCGCCGUCAAAGUAUUACGCCUUCAUUUCUAUCCCGACCGAUACACCACGGUAAGGCCGAUCUCGGACGCGAUACUCCGUGGUAUCGCGUCUUAUCUCCUUGUCCCGAAUUUAGAAGUACUGGACAUGGGGUGUGAUAGCAUGGAUCCGGAGAACCACCGACUAUUCGUGGAAAUGGUCACGACGCGGUUGGGUUGGGAGUUGUCUUUGCAAUUGGGUGCGGGUGCGGAGCACUUGCAUUCGAGUUCCAGCUCCGCCUUGCAUCUGGGAGCUAAACAUCCCCUUCGAAAGAUAUGUUUCUCCGCCGACAGGGAGACCGCGCACAUACAUACGCAAACUCUAGACUGGAUAGAAUUGAUUGGGAAACAAGGGGUGGAUGUAAAGGAUGAGCCUGCGUGGCGGGACUAUAGGAUUGAUGGGUGGUUCAAUGGGAUUAGAGUAUGGCCAGGUUCUCACUGGUGGUAUUGUAGAUGUGAAUCACGAGAGUUAUGGCUCGGUUUCGCCAUUCUAAAUGCGUGA